UUUCAGAUUUGAUUUUGAAUCUGCCGAAUCAAUAAUUUAUGACGAGUGUUUUGACAGGCCCAUAACCUGCACAGAGAGUGGCCGAAUAGAUGCAAUACUUAUGUGGUGGGAUUUGGACAUGGAUGGAACUGGAAAAUACUGGAUUGAUAUGGCUCCGAAAUGGGCAAGUGAUGCUUACUAUUGGCGAGAUCACUGGAUGCAAGCGGUUUACUAUCUUCCUCACCGGGUACAUGUGAAGAAAGAUGAAGAGAUCAUCUUGAAGUGUAGUCAUGACGAGUUUAGCAUGUGGUUCUGCGUAGGAGAGGAGUAGGU